UUUGUGGUGGAAACUGCUUCACGAUGGAUCUACAAAACAAUGAACGUGAAAAAAGCGAAAAGGUAAAAAUCUCCAACCAAGUCAAGCACGUCCCGAAAGAUGCACAAGUUGUGAAGUCGAUCCUGAAGGAGCUGGGCGUACAAGAUUAUGAACCCCGAGUAAUCAAUCAGCUGCUCGAGUUUACGUACCGCUACGUGACGUGUAUUCUGGACGAUGCCAAGAUAUACGCGAACCAUGCGCGGAAAAAGGUGAUCGAACUGGACGACGUGAAGCUGGCUACACAGAUGAUACUCGACAAAGCGUUCACUGGACCCCCGCCGCGUGACAUACUGCUGGAAAUUGCUCGCAACCGUAAUGCCACGCCACUGCCACUGAUUAAAACUCACUGUGGAUUGAGACUGCCUCCGGAUCGCUACUGCUUGUCGGCAUGUAACUAUAAGCUGCGUGCUGCACAGCAACCCAAGCGCAUGAACAAAUCCGCCCUAGAAAAUCGUUCCUCACUGAAGGCAACCAAAGCAUCUUCUGGGGCCGGCUCGGACAGCUCCGGUGGCAGCGUAAAACGACCGUCCGUGCAGCCAACACCGAAAACGCAGGUGGUCAGUAUACCGAAGCCGGUGUUCAAGCUAAGCGAAGCGCCCAAAACUACACCAAACUCUGCGUCCAAGUCUGUCAAAACAACCGUUUCGUCUGCGCCCCCCACCAACGGUGGAAAUCGGGUGACCACUGGCAACAACGGUUCCGUGUCUGUAGGCGGUGUAGAAAUAAAAAUGGAAACCGACGACCAGUUCGGUGAUAGUACAGGCAGCACCAAGCGAAAACGCGAGGAUGAUGAUUUCGAAAUAGUGCCGUAAGUUGUGGAUCGUUUCUUAUAAUCAUACACGAAUUUCAAUAAAAAUUGUCCACAUGCA